UGAACCAAAGUAGUAGCUUCAUCUAUCUGCUUCCACAGAUCAAAAGAAUAUAAAUAUAGAAACAGGAUCAUCCACUGAUAGAAGUAGUAGUGUAGAACCACGUAAUUUUUAUAGCAUGAGUACAUGACGUACAUGUUAAUGUGGUGCAUUUCACCAUAGUUUUUUCAGCCUUAAGAAACACCCCAUUUCCUUCCUAAGUUCCAAACAUGCAAAAUGAUAUUCUUAUAAAGAAGCUCCUCCUCACACACGAUCCAGAUGGUCGCAGGCUGGAUUCUGAAACCAUGCUUCUUGCUGUUGGCAACAUUAUGUUUCAUGCUUCCUCAAUAAUAGUGGCUUCUAAUUUAUAUUCUGCUUCCUUUCAGAAGAAUGACAUAACUGAAAUAGAAACGCUUGGUUGUAGUGAACCAGUAGGAUUCGUCAUCACAAAAAUAGGCAAGAUUCUAUGCAAAUGCUAUGGUGAAGGUGAUAUUAACUCAAGGAUCACGAGUGUGUUUGAUUUGAUAGGGGAGUAUAGUUGGGAUGCAAAAGUAGUUCUAGUGCUUGCUGCUUUUGCUGUGAGAUAUGGUGAAUUCUGGCAACUUAUGCAGCUAUAUCGUGGUAAUACUUUGGCAGCUUUAAUUUCAAGUAUUAAGCUGCUACCAUGCAACUUAAAGCCACUGAAGCUACAAAUCAAAGCAUUGAGCUUGUUGGUUAAGAUUAUGAUGGAUGUGGCUAUGUAUAUCAUUAAGUUUGAAAACUUGCCCCUUCAACAUGUAGAGCUCGGAAAUGAUGUACUCAUUGUCACAAAGUCUCAAAUAUACGAAGCUGCAUACUGGAUCACCAGAAGCUGUUUAGCAUGUUUUUCUCAAGUCACCGAUUUCACAACCAAGAAACAUGAGCAAGUGUAUUCUGAUUCAACAAUAAUUGCUGCUUGGGAGCUUUCAAGUUUGGCGUAUAGAUUAAGUAACAUAUGCAGCAAUCUCAGAAGACAGGUGGAUCAGUGUCACCAAGAAAUAGAGAAAAACUUGUAUGAGAAGCUGUUGAACCUUGCUCGUGAGGAGCACAUUGAUAAUCAGAAGAUUCUCACUUUAUUUUUUUCUUCCAAGAAUUACUUGCCAUUGAAGGAUUGCUCGACAGAAGUAAAGGUUGGUGUGUCUGAACUGAAAAAUAAUAUAGUUCUGUUGUUGAUCUCAAAACCGCAACUGCUCAAUCCGGUAGAAAUAUUCUUACUGUUCCAGCAAACACGUGAUCAUCCUCUGAAUGAGAGGUUGAGGGAGAGUUAUAAGAUUGUGUGGAUUCCCCUUCCAUCUUCUGAUACAUGGACUGAGGCUGAAGAGAGUAGCUUUAAUUUUCUGUCAGAUUCCUUGCCUUGGCAUGCUGUUCGGAAACCAAUGUUACUUACCACAGCAGUGGUGAAGUACAUAAGGGAACAAUGGAACUAUAAGGAUGAGCCAAUCAUGGUAGCUCUAGAUUCAAAAGGGAAGAUCACAAACUACAAUGCUCUUGAUAUGAUCAAGAUUUGGGGAGCCAAAGCUUAUCCAUUUUCAUCUUCAAAAGAGAAAGAGCUGUGGCAAGAUCAGAAUUUGACAAUGCAACUUUUGCUGGGUGAUAUCAAUCCUCUCCUUGCUUAUUGGGUUGAACAAGGCAAAAAUAUAUGCCUUUAUGGGAGUGAAAACUUGGUUUGGAUCCAACAAUUCAAUGAUAAGAUAACUGAGCUCAAACGAGCAGGCCUGCAGAUGGAAACAAUAUAUGUUGGUAAUCGUCAAAUAGGUGAACAUGUUAAGCAAAUAAUUGCAAGAAGUGGUGAAAUAAAUCUGAGUGAUCCACUUUCCUUCUCAAGUGUACAAUUCUUUUGGCUUCGGUUGGAGAGUAUGAGAAGGUCUAAACUCAGACUAGGGAAGACACCAAGUUCUGAUUAUGUACUAGCUGAGUUGUCAGCCUUGCUUGACAUGGAUGACGGAGAGGAAGGUUGGACAGUGAUUGGAAGAGGGGGUUCAACUGAUGUUAUCAGGCUUCAAGGGAUGCAGCAGGUGAUGGAAUUCUUGAGAGAAAAUAUAGUCAACUUGAGAUUUUCUUGUGCUCCAAGAAACUUCCAACUAGACCCUGAUUUUGUUGUAGGGAGUUGCACUCACUCUUACUUUGUUCCCUCAAGAGAAAAUGAAAGACUAAGUCAAGGAACUGUAAUUUGUCAAGAGUGCAAGCGUCCCAUGAAGAAGUUCGUGGUGUACCAGCCAUGAGUAGGACCUAUACAAAAGAUGAGUUGAGCUGUGUGUGUAACCAGUUGCCACCAAAUUUCUCUCCUAUUUUGAGUGUCAAGUAUUUAAAUCGGCCAAUAAUCGUAUUGAAACUUCUAAUCAGAAACAAAACCAACUCAAAUUUGUUUUAUUUGAAAUUUUGAAUCAAUUUUGUUUCUUUCCUUUCAUAUUAAUAGAUGAGUACUUUAGUCUGGGAAUUGUAUGAAUGUCAAUGUAAACAUCCUAACAA